UGAUUCGUCCUGAGUAGACCCAAGCCCCGGUCGGCUGAAACUGGCUGGACUGAGAGGAGUGAGUGGGGGACCUGGGAGAUGCGAAACCAGGAAACCCAGGAGCACCCAGAAGCCCAGCAGUACCAUAACACCAGGACCAGCUCAUCGCACGGUGCCCGGCGCUCAGCUGCAGCCCCCGCAUGGCUGGCACGGUGCUCGGCGUGGGGGCCGGCGUGUUCCUCCUUGCCCUGCUCUGGGUGUCCGUGCUGGUGCUGUGUGUCCUGCUGUCCAGAGCCUCGGGGGUAGCUAGGUUCUCUGUCAUUUUUGCGUUCCUCGGUGCUCUGAUCAUCACAACCGUUCUGUUGCUCUUCCCUCGAGCCAGUGAAGUCCCAGCCCCCGAGGCAGAGAUGAAGAUUGUAGAUGCCUUUUUCAUUGGCCGCUAUGUCCUGCUGGCUUUCCUCACUGCUGUCUUCCUUGGAAGCCUUUUCUUGGUUCUAAUCCAUCACAUCCUGGAGCCAAUCUAUGCCAAACCACUGCGGUCUUACUGAGCCACCUUCAGGAAAACCAAGACCUUGUUCUCCUCCUCACUUUGAUGUCAUUGGUGAGCAGAAAUUGUUCAGAGCUUUAUGUUGACAGCCUUCCUGCUUUAAGAUCAGAGGAUCAUCUCUUCAUCACAAAGACAAAUCCGUUGAGUCCUGGCUUCCAGAAACAGGAUUGCAGAAUUGCCCCCGAGGAGAGAGUCUCACCAGCUUAAGGGGGAUAUCGCCAUCUUCUCAGCACCCGUACUUCAGGUUUUCCACCUCUUUUGAAAAGGAAAUAGCAACCGUGAUCUGUGUAGGUUUUUGAUCAAGACAUCAGUAAGUGAAUUUUGAAAAAAAGGGUACUUUAGCUUCUACUGUCCAACAGAUGGAAGAACUUGGUCCUUUUUGAUAAUAUGUGAAAUACUUAAUCUCAAGGUCAAGAUCAUUUGGGAAAGAAAGGCCCUCAAAGUUCAAAAGAUUAUUUUAAUGUGGUGACUUGGAGACAUAUUAUCAGAUGCUAGCUAUGCAGCACUCUGCAUGUCACACCACGGGGCUCCACGAAGGCCUUGGUAUCACUUCCCGCUGCCUCGAGAAAGCAGUCAACAGCAGCCAGAGGACUGAUUUCACCUUGAUCUCCUGGGCACAGCUUCCUGAAUCUAGCAUUUCUAUAGUUCAGGUUCAUGGGGGGAUUAGAGGCAGAGUUUAGAAACAUCAGUUGUGUGUCCAGCGGCUCUCUCUGGAUUCUUCUUCUUCCAGUAUUUGGAGGUCUUUGUUCCUUUAUUUAGUUACUGUAAGUGUCCAUGUUGGGUUAUUGUCAUCUCUUUCAUCUUUGUAGCUCUUUCUCCAAAGCUGAUGAGGAAUGUCUAUCCCUAGGCUUAGAUAUAACUUUAUACCUAAGUUCCCAGGCCAAGUGAAAUCUGUCAUUAAACGGGGGGUGGGGGCAGGCAGCUCUAGGCUGUUUCCACUUUGGGAGUCUCAACCUGGCACCCGAGAACUAUUUGAAGGACCUUCUGGAUGAAAAUUAAGAACCAGAAAACAAGUUGGAAAAAGAACUUUGAUAGAGUACAUGCUAUAUGUCUGUAGUGCACAGUCUUCCCCCCGCCCCACCUCCACAAAUGUAAAUGACAAGCUUGUGUGUUAAGGGCAAAAAUAUACUUUUGUACAAAGGGUGUUUUAACUCAGCCUGCCUUCUGUAGAUCCCAUAACUACCGGCAGUGGUGAAGUGAAUGAUGGAUCACUUUAUAUCUUUGUGCUCAAAGCAGCCAUAUCCAACCCUUAAAGAAAAAAAGAAAGAAAACCCACAGGAUUGGGAUCAGAAAUAGAAGGCUGAGAGGGCACAAAAUCACAAAAUGAGUUUCGCUAAGCUCUAUGGGGGGGAGGGGGACCUGCAAUAAUCAGUGGUUAACAUGGCCCCCCUUGUGUUCAGAGCCUUCCUGGAGACAGAGCUUAGAGCUUAGAGGGUGUCCCUUCAAUACAAACAGAAAUCAUCUCAGUGUCCCCAUUUGUUGUUCUUUGAUCAAUGGCCUCAGCACAGGUUGUGCUACCCAGAGGGAAUCCUGUGCCAAAGAAACUGGUGAUCCCACUGUUUGAGAGAUGGGAGGAGAGCAAGUCAGGGCUCCUGUGUAAGAAAACAGGUUAUUUCAGUUCAGUUCAGUCGCUCAGUCGUGUCGGAUUCUUUGUGACCCCAUGGACCACAGCAUGUCCUCUUAAAGUUGUAUUCUGACAAAGACGGCAUCAGCACAUUACCCCCCACCCAGUGUCUGGUCCACUAGGUGGCGCUGUCUCAAGCUGCAGAACACACCAGGUAAUUUUUUGAGUUCUUUCUGUGUCUCAUAAAAUAGAAAUAAAGCUAACAUUCUUUACUGUU